UCGUCGACGGGGGAGGGGCCGGCCGGACCCCGGGGUCACAGCAGAGGAAUGAGGAGAGGCAGCCGGGCCCCGCGCUCCGCCCCGGCCUAGGGCCUUGCCCCGGGAGCCGCGAGGUUUUUCUGGAAGGGAGAAGGAAAAGCAGAUACCUGACACCCUGAAAACUUGGCCUGGUGCUAUGUCUUCAUGAAGGGUUACCUAUACUAUACCUGGUGCUCUGUGGUGGCAAGAAAAUUUAACAGGAUUUAUCAUCUGUUUGACCUUAGAGGCUUAUAGUACAUUUUACUGGAAGCAUCUGUCUACAUAGGAAACAACUCAUCCCAGUUUAUUGGUGGAGGCCUGAAUUUUGAUCUAUGUCCUCCCUACAUCAGCUGCCUGAAAGUACUUAAUGAUCACAUGACCCUGGACAUGGAUGCUGUCCUGUCAGAUUUUGUCCGUUCCACAGGAGCAGAGCCAGGGUUGGCCCGAGAUCUCCUGGAAGGAAAGAAUUGGGAUGUGAGCGCCGCCCUCAGUGAUUUUGAACAGCUACGUCAGGUCCAUGCUGGGAACCUGCCCCCACCCUUUAGUGAGGGGAGUGGUGGCUCCAGGACCCCUGAGAAAGGGUUUUCUGAUAGAGAGUCUACUCGCCCUCCCCGACCCACCCUACAGCGGCAAGAUGACAUCGUUCAAGAAAAACGCCUGUCUAGGGGCAUCUCCCACGCCAGCUCCAGCAUUGUUUCCCUGGCCCGGUCCCAUGUCUCCUCCAAUGGUGGGGGUGGGGGGAGCAGUGAGCACCCCCUGGAAAUGCCCAUCUGUGCCUUCCAGCUUCCAGAUCUCACUGUGUACAAUGAAGACUUUCGCAGCUUCAUAGAGAGAGACCUCAUUGAGCAGUCCAUGCUGGUUGCCUUGGAGCAGGCAGGGCGUUUGAACUGGUGGGUGAGUGUGGACCCCACCUGUCAGAGGCUCCUUCCUUUAGCAACUACUGGAGAUGGAAACUGCCUCUUGCACGCAGCCUCUCUUGGGAUGUGGGGUUUCCAUGAUCGAGACUUGAUGCUACGGAAAGCUUUGUACGCACUAAUGGAGAAGGGAGCGGAGAAGGAAGCAUUAAAACGGCGCUGGAGGUGGCAGCAAACUCAGCAGAAUAAAGAGUCGGGGCUGGUAUACACAGAGGAUGAGUGGCAGAAGGAAUGGAAUGAGCUGAUCAAGCUUGCCUCAAGUGAACCCCGCAUGCAUCUAGGUACCAAUGGAGCCAACUGUGGUGGGGUGGAGAGUUCAGAAGAGCCUGUGUAUGAGAGCCUAGAAGAAUUCCAUGUUUUCGUCCUUGCCCACGUGCUUAGGAGGCCCAUAGUUGUUGUGGCAGACACCAUGCUGAGGGACUCUGGUGGGGAAGCAUUUGCCCCUAUUCCCUUUGGGGGAAUCUAUCUGCCCUUGGAGGUUCCAGCCAGCCAGUGUCACCGCUCCCCUCUGGUGCUCGCCUACGAUCAGGCCCACUUUUCUGCACUUGUGUCCAUGGAACAGAAGGAGAAUGCCAAGGAACAAGCUGUGAUCCCACUUACAGAUUCAGAGCAUAAGCUGCUGCCCUUGCACUUUGCUGUGGACCCUGGAAAGGGCUGGGAGUGGGGCAAAGAUGACAAUGACAAUGUCCGAUUGGCCAGUGUAAUCCUGUCCCUAGAGGUCAAAUUGCAUCUGCUGCAUGGCUACAUGAAUGUGAAGUGGAUCCCAGUGUCCUCGGAUGCACAGGCUCCCCUGGCCCAGCCUGAGUCCCCGACAGCCUCAGCUGGAGAUGAGCCCCGGUCCACUCCUGAGUCUGGGGAAUCAGACAAGGAGUCAGUUGGCAGCAGUUCUGCCAGCAAUGAGGGCAGCAAGCGGAAAGAGAAGUCAAAACGAGACCGGGAAAAGGACAAGAAAAGAGCAGAUUCUGUGGCUAACAAACUGGGCAGCUUUGGCAAAACCUUGGGCAGCAAGCUCAAGAAGAACAUGGGAGGCCUGAUGCACAGCAAGGGUUCUAAGCCUGGAGGGAUGGGAACAGGGUCGGGGGUAAGCAGUGGCACUGAGACACUGGAGAAGAAGAAGAAAAACUCACUGAAGAGUUGGAAGGGUGGCAAAGAGGAGGCAGCUGGGGAUGGGCCUGUAACUGAGAAGCCCACAUCUGAGUCUGUUGGUAAUGGAGGGAGCAAGUAUAGCCAGGAGGUGAUGCAAAGCCUGAGCAUUUUGAGGAUUGCAAUGCAAGGGGAGGGGAAGUUUAUUUUUGUUGGAACCCUGAAGAUGGGUCACCGUCACCAAUAUCAGGAGGAGAUGAUCCAACGCUACCUUUCUGAUGCUGAGGAGAGAUUCCUGGCAGAGCAGAAGCAGAAGGAGGCAGAGAGGAAGAUCAUGAAUGGAGGGGUAGGGAGUGGGCCUCCUCCAGCCAAAAAGCCAGAGCCAGAUGGCGGGGAGGAGCUGCUGACUGCCCCUCCAGCAGAGUCCAAGGCGGUGGCAUUGUCUACUGGCUACCCUGGUGGCUUUACUAUCCCUCGACCUUCUGGGGGUGGAGUCCACUGCCAGGAGCCCCGGAGGCAGAUGGCAGGGGGGCCAUGUGGGGGGGGCCUGCCACCAUAUGCCACCUUCCCCAGACAGUGCCCUCCUGGGCGACCCUACCCCCAUCAGGACAGCAUCCCUUCUCUGGAGCCAGGCAGUCACUCCAAGGAUGGAGUUCACAGGGGUGCAUUGUUACCACCCCACUUCCGCGUGGCUGAUUCCUAUAGCAACGGCUACAGAGAGCCCCCUGAGCCAGAUGGAUGGGCUGGAGGUCCCCGGGGGCUUCCCCCAACCCAGACCAAAUGCAAACAACCGAACUGCAGCUUCUAUGGACACCCUGAGACAAACAACUUCUGCUCCUGCUGUUACAGGGAAGAACUGAGGAGAAGGGAACGUGAACCGGGUGGGGAGCUGCUGGUGCACAGGUUCUGAAUGGGGAAACCCUGGAGGGCAAGGGGGCUAAACAAAGAAAGUUAAGCUCAAUUAAUUGGCUCAUGAGACCCAGCCUCCAUGUUGAUGGGGCAAAUGCAGUAAUGUUUGUGUGAACCUGGCCAGAAACUUUUAAGUGUGUAUGCUCUGGAGAGCUGCCAGGCUGGCAAGAGCAGGUCAGGGCUGGAUGGUGCCUCAAGGGCUCUACUGGUCCUUUGCCCAUCUUGACUUAAUGGUACUGAGGAGGUACAAGCGGGGAAAGAUGGUAAUUCUGUGUCAUAAUCCCUUGGGUCCAUCCCAGGACCUAAGGGAAAGUGUAAGGGAAGAUUUGAUGUGAGGGGGUGGGGAGGUGGGCAGGAGUCUGGGGGAGGAACUGGCAAAGGAGGUUCUCAGUCAAUAAAAGAAAAAAACAGACCAAAGUUCUUUUAGGUUGGAAAAAAGCACAUGGUGGUGGAGUUGGGAGUGUGGAGGGAAACUGGGAAAUUAGUCAAAUUUUCUAUUGAGUUGAAUUAAGGUAGAAAUUUAGUGUUGGAUAAAUUUUUCCUCUUGAAGGAUCUGGAAAGACAAGGCAGUAACAUGUGCUUAUGGAUGCUUAUUAGGAGGGGGCUGGCUUAAAUCAGUUUAGUGAGAUGGGAAAGGGAGAAACUUAAAAGGGGAAUCUUCUUCCUCUUGAGUUUGAUUUCCUUCUAAACAGCUAUCUGUCAUCCCUUCUAGUUCGGGAGGAGAUUGCCAAUUGCCCCCUAUCUUUUUCUCAUCCUUUUUGACGGCUGAGCUAAGAAGGUUGUGAUUUUUUUUUUAAGACUUUAAUUUUAUUAAAAAACAACAACAACAACAGAAGUUCCCUCUGGGGAAGGCAAGAGAAUGAUGAGAAGAGCAGCUGUGUGUGUUGAAUUUUCUCCAGGUGAAUUGGUACAGAGGUGAUCUUUUUUUAACUACUAGCAAUAACCACAUAUUGGGGUUUGAGUGCGCCUUGGGAGGGGGGUGGGAGGAGGACAGACUUUUGGCCAGACUGUUUCAAACAAAACCAAAAACCUAAAUAGAGCACUACCAUCCUCUGCUGCUGUGUUUCUGUAGAAAGCAACUUAUUUUUUGGAAUUUUUUUUUUUUUUAAAGAAAAGAAACAAAAAGACCCCAGCAAGCAAAAACAUUUUAAAAAAUAUUUUUUUUUCCUCCUAUUUAAGUGAUUCUUUCUCCUUCCUCUCUACUUUUGGAGAAUGAACUUAACGUCCCGGCUUCUUUUGUUAAGCCAUAGCUGACCUUAAUCUGUGGUUAGUUUAUUAAAAUAAUAAAAAUACUUUGUAAGAAGAGAUAUUUUUGAUAAUAGGACUGAUGUUGAAACUUGGGGUAGGGGCUAGGGGCAAUUUAUAAAAAGGUAGAGAAAUAUAUUUUAGUGAACUAUAACCACAGAUCACAGAUUACUCCCAAUGAGCUGAUCUGUUUUUGGGUUUCCCCCUUUCCCCCUGCCCCCCCCAUCCUUUUCCCCAGAGGAUGGGAGUGGGUCUGUGGACACAGUAGCGGGGAGCUCCUUUGCAUUUUGCACAAAGCACAAGUCUGGCCAGCCUAUGCUCUGGCCAGCACCAUUUCUAAGAGCUUUAAACUGGAGGACCUAUCCUGGGCCAAUUUUCCCUUUUCUUUAAAUUUUUUUUUUCUGGGGGGAAAAAAACUCAACUAUGCAAUUGUAUACACUCCUGGGUGCAUAUGAGGAAGGGGAAUAAGUGUACUUAAGUGUCCAGAGUGUUAAUUGGGCCUAUUUUUCUGUAUUUGGAUUUCUCUUUUGAGGUAUGUACUCAUAAACCAUCCUGUGGAAUGUAAUCCCCACAUUUGAUCCAAGGCAGACAUGGGCUGGGUGUGUGUGUUAGGGGGACUCGUGUUUGCCCUGUGUUGCUUCUGCCCAAUCAGGAAAGUUGUCAUCCCAUCUCCUCCUUGGUAACAAAGCCAGCCAAGACUGUCCUAUACAUUGGAACUGCUCACAAUUUAGAAAGUUUCCUUUCUCCUCAACAAACUUGAAAAGUCACUUAUUUUCUAAAUCUGAUUGUUGAUUUAAUAAUUUCCAUGGCUGUUAAUUCUUAGGCUUUUAUUUGAAAACAAACCUGGUGUUAAGGAAGCAAUGAGAUGAGGUCAAAGGAGAUAGGUUCCAAAGGAGGGUGGAGGGUAUGUAUAUAUUUCUGGGCAGGACUGGGACUAGUGUGAGACAAGCACGCCCCUCAGGUUCAAAACUUAAGGAGAUACCAAAAACUUAGUAAUCAAGAUAAAUACUGUUUUAAUGCAGUAUUUUUAAAAAUUAAUGCAAAAAAUCCAUGACAAGCAAAAUAUCAGAAUCUUAAAAAAGACAGAAUCCAACAGGACUGGGGUUAGAGUGAGGGUAGGAACACUGAAUUGAGCAAGUACGGGUUGAAUCCUGUCUUUAUUUAAAAUUUUGAUACUUUAGUCAUUGUGGAUUUUUUUACAUUAGUUUUGAUUUUCAAAAUAUACUGUGUUAAAAUAGUAUCUUGGUUACUGGGUUUUGGGGCACCCCUUAAAUUUUGUGCCCAAAGUGAGUGCCUUGCUCACCUUACCCUGUUUCCGGGGUUAGAACAGCACUGGUGAGACCACCACCUUAUGAACUUCAUCCCCUAACAUGCACCCAAACAACAGGUGGCUCAAACCCACACCAAGAAUUUGCAUAGCUCACCUAGCUUUCCCAUAGGCAUCCAUCUAUAUCAUAGGAUUUUGGCCUGGACCAAUAGAAAUGGAAACAGACCAGGGACUUUCCCAGAGAAUAAAACCAGGAAAGUUGAUUCUCCACUGGACUGCUGUGUUUGGAUUUGACCUGUUAUUAGAUUCUAGUUAAUACUUUUGUUUUUAAAAACUGAGGACAAAUGAACAAAAACGGAAACCUUGUGUCAUGUUUGCUUUUGUUCUGAUUUAUAAAUGAAUCAAUCCCAA